GGGAAGAAUUGCUGACAAACGCGGGAGCUGGGACAGACUGCGUGCAUGCGGGCCUGAGGAUGAACACUCAAAAGAAAAGAAAAGAUAUGGAACCUGCUUGUACCUGGAGUUUAUUGUCUAAACAGAAUUCUGCUUCAAGUUCUUUGGCUUCAUUUUCAUGGAAGGAGCUUACAGAUUACCGGGAGGCAUUUAGAAAACAUCUAAAAGAAAAAUACCUAAAACUAGGAGAUGAUAAAUGCUAUCACUGUGGCAAGCAUAUAAAGUCACGACUGCUUAUUGUAAAAGAUCACAGAAUAUCAGAAAACACACCAUGUGGAAUUCCUCAAGAAGAUACUUUUAUUGAGAUGGAACACAUAUUUGAUCCUGAUGAAAAAGGUGUCAGCUUACCCCAAACUGUGGUGCUUCAAGGAUGUGCUGGAAUUGGGAAAACAGCUGUGGUCCACAAGUUCAUGUUUGACUGGGCAGCGGGAGUGGUUACCCCAGGCAGGUUUGACUUGCUCAUCUAUGUAAACUGCAGAGAAAUAAGUCACUUCACCAACCUGAGUGCGGCUGAUCUGAUCACUAACACCUUUCAAGAUGUAUGUGGACCAGUCCUGGACAUUAUUCUGGCAUAUCCAGAGAAGCUUCUGUUCAUUCUGGAUGGGUUUCCUGAGCUUCAGUAUCCUGUAGGCGAUGAGGAAGAGGAUCUUAGUGUUAACCCCUUGAAGAAGAAGCCCGUUGAGGCCCUCCUACGUAGUUUUGUGACCAAAAAACUGUUUCCUGAAUCUUCCCUCUUGAUAACUGCCAGGCCUUCAACUAUGAAGAAGCUCCACUCUCUGUUAAAAGAGCCUCUCCAGGUAGAGGUCCUGUGCUUUACAGAUGCUGAAAAGAGAGCAUAUUUUCUGAGUCAUUUUUCAGGUGCUAAUGCAGCAAUGAGAGUCUUUUAUGGUCUGCGAGAAAAUGAGGUCCUUGACAUUUUGUCUUCUCUUCCCAUCAUCUCCUGGAUGAUCUGCAGUGUCCUACAGUCCCAGGAAGAUGGUGACAGGACUUUUAUGAAGUCACUUGUGACGAUGACUGAUGUGUAUCUCCUCUACUUUUCCAAGUGCCUCAAUACCCUCGUAGGCAUCUCGGUGUGGAAGGGACAGAGUUGCCUAUGGGGCCUUUGUUCUUUGGCUGCAGAAGGGCUGCAGAAUAGUCGGGUCCUGUUUGAAGUCCGAGACCUCAGAAGACACGGGAUAGGAGUGUAUGACACCAACUGCACUUUUCUCAAUCACUUUUUGAAAAAAACUGAGAGCGAUAUCAAUGUCUAUACUUUCCUUCACUUCAGUUUUCAGGAGUUCUUAACUGCUGUGUUCUAUGCUCUGAAGACUGACAGCAGCUGGAUGAUUUUAGAUCAAGUGGGGAAAACAUGGGAAGAAUUAUUCCAACAAUAUGGGAAAGGGUUUUCAUCAUUAACGAUACAGUUCUUAUUUGGCCUCUUACAUGAACGAAAAGGAAAGGUGGUGGAAUCCAUUUUUGGAAGAAAAGUUUCUCCAGGACUUCGAGAGGAGUUACUGCAGUGGACUGAGAGAGAAAUCAAUGAUAAAUCUUUUAAGUUUCAGAUUGAGCCAAUGGACUUGUUUCACUGUUUGUAUGAGAUUCAGGAAGAAGACUAUGCAAAAAGUGUAACUGGUGACUUACAGUCAGUUAUACUGCUUCAGCCUACCUAUACAAAAAUGGACAUUCUAACUAUGUCAUUCUGUGUAAAAAGCAGCAACAGUCACCUGUCAGUGUCUCUGAAAUGCCAGCAUCUACUUGGAUUUGAGGAGGAAGAGCGAGCUUCAGCUUUCAUGCCAUCAACCUUAACACUAGAUCAGCCCUUCCAGCUGCUUAAUUUGCCAGUGUCUCAGCUACACUUGCUUUGCCAAGCAAUGCGAAAUCCAAACUGUAAAAUUAAAGACCUGAAACUCAUUUUCUGCCGCCUCACAGCUUCUUGUGGCAGGGAUCUCUCCUUAGUACUUGCAACUAACCAGUAUCUGAAAGAUUUGGAAUUUGUAAAAAAUACCCUGGAAGAUUCAGGAAUGGAGCUGUUAUGUGAAGGAUUAAAAGAUCCAAACUGUAUCUUACAGGCACUGAGGUUUUACCGAUGUCUUAUUUCUCCUGCUUGUUGUGGGGCACUAGCAGCUGUUCUCAACACCAGUCAGAGGCUCACAGAGCUGGAAUUUAGUGAAACAAAACUGGAAGCCUCAGCUAUGAAAUUGCUCUGUGAAGGCUUAAAAGAUCCAAAUUGCAAAUUACAGAAGCUCAAGUUGUGUGGCAGCCUUCUCCCUGAAAGUUCAGAGACUGUUUGCAAAUAUCUCGCCUCUGUUCUCAUGCAUCAUACAAACAUCACUGAGCUGGAGUUGAGUGCAAACCCCCUGGGGGACACAGGGGUGAAGUAUCUCUGUGAAGGUCUCAGACAUUACAACUGCAAAGUGGAGAAAUUAGACCUGAGCACAUGCCACCUCACAGAUGCUAGCUGUGUGGAGCUCUCUUCUUUCUUGGAAGUGAAUCGGACUUUAAAAGAGCUUUUUGUGUUUGGCAAUCCUCUGGGGGACACAGGAGUACAACACCUCUCUGAAGGUCUGCGGCACACAAACGGCGUAAUCAAUAAUCUUGUGCUUUCCGAAUGUUCCCUCUCUGCAACUUGUUGUGAGUUCCUUGCCCAAGUCCUGUGCUGCACACAAAGCCUGACUAGGCUUCUUCUAAUUAAUAACAAAAUUGAAGAUUUGGGAGUGAAAUUGUUGUGUGAAGGAUUAAAACAGCCUGACUGUCAGCUAAGGAAUCUGGCAUUGUGGACAUGUCACCUGACUGGAGAAUGUUGUCAGGAUUUGUGCAAUGCACUCUACACCAAUAAACACUUGACAGACCUUGACCUCAGUGACAAUGCCUUAGGGGAUGAAGGCAUGCAGGUGCUGUGUGAAGGGCUGAAACACCCUUCCUGCAAACUACAGAACUUGUGGUUAGCAGAAUGUCAUCUUACAGAUGUGUGUUGUGAAGCCCUUGCCUCUGUCCUCAACAAAAAUGAAAACCUAAUGUUGUUAGAUUUAAGUGCAAAUGACCUCAAGGAUUGUGGAGUACAAAUGCUGUGUGAUGCACUGAUUGAUCCAGUAUGUAAACUACAGACAUUCUACAUUGACACGGAUCAUUUACAUGAAGAAACAUUCAGAAAGAUGGAAGCUUUAAAAGUGAGCAAGCCUGGAUUUUCCUGGUAGUCUCUGAGGCAAGGCCCUGGUCAGCUGCAUAUAGAGCUGCAUUUGGCAUUGUCUUUAACAGUUGUGCAGUAUUCUUGUUCCAAACUGCUUACCCUUUGUUAAGGACACUGGUGUGAAUCAAAUAACUCUGCUGUUUCUUACUUAGAACAAUCCAUAAGUAGUAUAUAAAAGACAGAAGUACUUCAUCACAUGUCCAGCAAUAAAUACCUUACAUUCAUAUAUUGUGUUGCCAAAUUUACUGUGUUUUCACAAAAACCCUUGAAGGUGGAAAAGUGAGGCUUGGAGCAGUUGUGACUUGUGCCAUGUCCCCUAACUUAGAAGUGCGACAAUGGGGACUGGAUCCAGCCAGGUUUCCCACACUCAGACCAGGCAGGCAAGCAAUAGAAAGAAGACAUGUGAAUGAGGCCACUUCAAAGAAACAAGAUACUCGAAAUGACUAUAGGACAAAAAGAUAUAGCAAUACAUUAUAUUUUAUGAUGCUGAUUUGAAGCAAAACUAUAAUUCACAAGAGAAAAGAAUGAGCUAAUUAACAGAGGAAGUGUAUGUGGACAUAAGACUUGAUAUGGGUCUUGUGAAAAGAUAGGAUUGAGGCAGGGUGAAACAUGCUGGCCCGUGUCUGCAAGAUCGGGGCAACAAGGCUGUGUAUGUUAGUGACUUGCCAAAAGCACCUGAGGAGAAAGAAAUGUUUGCGUUCGUUAAGA